CCGCCCGUAUAAUGUCACUGAGAGCUGUGUCUCAGGCAAAACCCGUAUAUUCUAUCUUGUGCCAAGGCGCGCCCCUUAACCUGCAGGAGCAACGCCCAUUUUAUGCUGCCAGUCUUAGGUUACUUCCUCGUAAGCCUCGCCCACUCCACUCGACUCGCAGCCUUCCCCACGUGUGCGUGUUGAGCAGGUUCGGCGCCUGGACCAGAGAGAUGGCGCAGCUUGCUCUUUUUAGUGUCUCAGACAAAUCAGGCCUGGUUGACUUUGCUAAGCGUUUGAAUUCAAUUGGCCUUUCCUUGAUUGCUUCUGGUGGGACAGCAAAGACAUUGCGAGAUGCCGGUCUCUCUGUCAGGGAUGUGUCCGAGAUCACUGGCUUCCCAGAGAUGUUGGGAGGUCGUGUGAAGACCCUGCAUCCUGCAGUCCAUGCAGGCAUACUGGCAAGAACCAGCUCUGAAGAUCAGGCAGAUAUGACCAGGCUGGGGUUCAGCUAUGUGAGGGUGGUGGUGUGUAACUUAUACCCAUUUGUCAAGACUGUGUCAGCAGCUGGUGUUACAGUGGAAGAGGCUGUGGAGCAAAUUGAUAUAGGUGGUGUGACCCUACUGCGAGCUGCUGCCAAGAACCAUGCUCGAGUGACGGUAGUGUGUGAUCCUAGUGAUUAUGGAACCAUUGCUGAUGAGAUGGAAAAAUCUGAGACAAAGGACACAUCGUUGGAGACACGCAGCCAACUAGCUUUGAAGGCAUUUACCCAUACAGCAAAGUAUGACGAUGCGAUCUCCGAUUACUUCCGCAAACAGUACAGUAAAGGCAUCUCGCAGCUCCCACUCCGGUAUGGCAUGAACCCUCACCAGAUUCCUGCACAGCUCUACACUCGUGGCCCACAAUUACCCCUAACAGUGCUGAAUGGAGCUCCUGGAUUCAUUAACCUUUGUGAUGCACUGAAUGCUUGGCAGCUGGUGAAAGAACUAAAAAAAGCACUGGGACUGCCUGCUGCAACAUCCUUUAAGCAUGUUAGCCCAGCAGGUGCUGCUGUAGCAGUUCCACUGACUGAAGAAGAGGCUAAGGUCUGCAUGGUACACGAUAUGUUCCCCAACCUAACCCCUUUGGCCACAGCAUAUGCCAGAGCAAGAGGCGCAGACAGAAUGUCCUCUUUUGGAGACUUUAUUGCCGUUUCAGAUAUAUGUGAUGUCGCCACCGCAAAAAUUAUAUCUCGAGAGGUGUCCGAUGGUAUUGUCGCUCCAGGAUACGAGGAAGAAGCUCUUAAAAUUCUGUCCAAAAAAAAGAAUGGAAGCUAUUGUGUCUUGCAGAUGGACCCGGAGUAUGAGCCUGAUGGUAUGGAACUUCGGAGCAUUUUUGGGCUGCAGCUGGAGCAGAAGAUAAAUGAUGGCAUUAUUGAUAACAAUUUAUUUAGCAACUUGGUGACAACGAAAAAAGAGCUUCCAGAGUCUGCCACUAGAGACCUGAGUGUAGCCACAAUCGCUGUCAAAUUUACUCAAUCUAAUUCUGUCUGCUACGCCAAGGAUGGGCAGGUUGUGGGCAUUGGUGCUGGACAGCAGUCUCGGAUACACUGCACACGACUGGCAGGAGAUAAAGUUGAUAACUGGUGGCUUCGGCAUCACCCACGCGUUCUUUCUAUGAAGUUCAAAGCAGGGAUAAAGAGAGCAGAGAUUUCAAAUGCCAUCGAUCAGUAUGUAAGCGGUGAAAUUGCAGAGGAGGAGUUGGCGCAGUGGCAGUCUUUGUUUGAGAAGGUUCCAGAGCAACUCACCACAGCAGAAAAGCGGGAGUGGAUUUCUACUCUCAGUGGGGUUGCCCUGAGCUCAGAUGCCUUCUUCCCAUUCAGAGACAAUGUGGAGCGAGCAAGAAAGAGCGGUGUCCAGUUCAUUGCAGCCCCAUCUGGUUCUGCAGCUGAUAAGAUUGUGAUUGACGCGUGUGAUGAGCUUGGAAUUAUAUUGGCACACACCAACUUGCGACUUUUUCACCACUAACAAGCGCACACAGUGUCUGAUCUGUACUACAAAGCUAGAUUAGUAAAUGCCCUUUAAAAUGUUCAAUAAAAAAAAUACUGUAUUUCUGGUUA